GGGCCCCUGCCGCCGGCCCCCGGGGGCACCGCUGGGCCCUGGGCUGGCCUGAGACCCGGGCAGCCCGCCCGUCCCUCCCACGGCGCCCGGCUGGGUCGGUGCCACCCUGGGGGGCUCCUGGCCGGCGCGGCGUCGAGGGUGAAGGCGGGGAGCCGCGUCGCCUUCGGGGCCUGCGGCCAGCAGGGCUCGUCCGUCCCGGCUGCAGGGACCUUCGCUCAGGUCACUUCACCCGCUUCUCUCCCUGCCACCGGUCAAAGCCCGGACCGGCCCCGGCCCCCGAUUUCCCAGGGCCCGUCCCGCUCCGUGGGGCUUUGUCCGGGUCCCCCCCGCCCCCGACGCCGUCUCCUCCCUUCGCCAGGCCGGCCGGGGACGGGGCUUCUCCCCAGGGCAGCGCCCGUCGCUGGGCAGGUGGAGCCGGCUCGGGCGGGCGAAGUGCCCGGGGGCAGCAUGGUGCUGGCGUCCCGUCUCCCCCGGCACAGGCAGAGCCAUCGGGAGGCGCCGCUGGCUGGGGUCGUGGGGCCGCGUCGUCCCGCUUGCUAAGAGCUCCCGGGAUUUCGGUGACGGGCUGAGGCUCGGACACGGGCCAGGAUGGCGCAGGUGCUGCACAUGGAGUCCGGCUUCCCCGGGAAGCCCACCCCGACCUCCCCCACCGCCUUCGGGGCCCAGGAGCCGCAGCUGCCCUACUCGGUGGAGACGCCCUACGGCUACCGCCUCGACCUGGACUUCCUGAAGUACGUGGACGACAUCGAGAAAGGCAACACCAUCCGGCGGGUCCCGGUGCACCGGCGGCCCCGCUACGGCUCCCUGCCCCGCGGCGCCGGCUCCUGGUGGACGUCCACCGAGUCGCUCUGCUCCAACGCCAGCCUGGACAGCCGCCACUCCUCCUACUCCUACUGCGCCCCCGGCUUCUACCCCCAGUGCGGGACGGGCGCCUUCAACGCCCGCGUGGAGAAGACCCUGCUGGACGCCCGCAAGAAGCUGGAGGACCAGGCGGGCGAGCGGGCCGGGCCGGGGGGCUUGGGCAGCCUCUCGGGCUCCACCAGCUCCCUGGUGGGCGGGCAGCCCCCGGGCAGGCUGAACGGCUCGCAGGCCGGCUUCACCCCGCUGAGCUCAGGGCUGUCCACGCCCGUGUCCCCCAGCCCCGGGCACCUGCAGCACGUGCGGGAGCAGAUGGCCGUGGCCCUGAAGAAGCUGCGGCAGCUGGAGGAGCAGGUGAAGAUCAUCCCGGUGCUGCAGGUGAAGAUCUCGGUGCUGCAGGAGGAGAAGCGGCAGCUCAGCGUCCAGCUGAAGAGCCAGAAAUUCCUGGGCCACCCGGGCGGGUUUGGGAAGGGCAAAGGCAGGAGCGAGCUCUACAUCGAGAUCCCGGAGGAGGAGGGGGUCCCCUCGCCGCUGGGGGGCUCGGGGGGUGGCACGGAGGGCUCGGCCCCCCUGAGCCCCCCGCCGGCGGCGGAGCGGCGGGAGGUGAGGUCGGUGGGGGUGGGGACGUCGGAGCCGGGGGCCAGGCGGAGCGUGGGGGUGGGGGUGCGCGAGGAGGAGCUGGCACCGGAGGGGCAGCGCCAGGCUGCCCUCGCCCUGGCGGCCAAGGUGGCCGUGCUGGAGAAGCAGCUGCAGCAGGCGCUCCGGGAGCUGCAGGGGGCCCCGCCGGGCACGGCCGGGCAGGAGGGACGCCCCGGCUGGCAGCAGCAGGAGGUGCCCGUCAAGGCGGACACGGUCAAGGUGAUCCAGGUGCAGCGGGAGCCGGAGAUCGCCGCCAGCACCGCCACGGGCGUGGCCCACCGGCCGCAGCGGGCGCAGAGCCUGGAGGCCAAGGAGCCGUACGCCAGCCUGCGGGCCCUGACGCUGGGGGAGCCGCCCCAGGCCGUGGUGGUGGAGACGGCCUUCCCCGUCCACGCCGCCGCGCCCCACGCCGGCCCCGUCCACGGCGUCAAGAAGAUCAGCAUCGCGGCCGAGCCCGGCGGGGGGGAGACGGGCCCCGGGGGCGGAGCCUCGCCAGCCUCGGCUCAGGGGGGCCUCAGAUCUGGCACGAAGAGGCAGGAGGAGGCCCCGGAGCUGGCGGGCAAGAAACGUCUCCAGUUUGUGGGUGUGAACGGCGGGUACGAGUCCACCUCCUCGGGCUCCAGCACGGCCGAGAACUCCUCUGACAACGAGAGCACGGAGAGCGAAUACCAUGAGGCCAGCGAGGGGCCCCCUGCGGGGCAGACGGAGACCCCCAGGCCCCCGGUGCCGGCCCCCCAGAGAGUCCCUGCAGAGAGCAACACAGUGACGGCAGGGGAACCCCCCGGAGCAGCACCAGGACACGACACUGGGACAGGACUCAGCCUGGAGCUGUUAGCGGCCUGUGAAACCCUGCAGAAGUACCUGGAGAGCCCGGACAUGCUCAUGGACAAGGAGAUGGCCGCAGGCGACACCCCUCUCCCCAUCUCCCCCCAGAGGGCCGCCUACACCCUGGUGCUGCAGGACUGGCUGCAGCUGUCGUGCCACAGGGAGGCCGCCCCCGAGGCCGUGGGGGGGCGCCUGGCCGCGUACCGCGCCCUCUCGCCCCGCCUGCUGGAGUUCGUCCUCAACAUGGCGGACGGGAACGGGAACACGGCGCUGCACUACAGCGUCUCGCACUCCAACUUCCCCGUGGUCCAGCGCCUCCUGGAGACCGGCCUGUGCAACGUGGACAAGCAGAACAAAGCGGGCUACACGGCCAUCAUGCUGACGGCGCUGGCCGCCACCCGCGCCGACGACGACAUGGCCACCAUCCGGCAGCUGCUGCAGCUGGGGGACGUCAACGCCAAAGCCAGCCAGGCGGGGCAGACGGCGCUGAUGCUGGCCGUCAGCCACGGGCGUCAGGACAUGGUGCGGGCUCUGCUGGCCUGCGCGGCCGACGUGAACCUGCAGGAUGCCGACGGCUCGACGGCCCUGAUGUGCGCCUGCGAACAUGGCCACGCCGAGAUCGCCCGCCUGCUGCUGGCCACGCCCACCUGCCACGUGGGCCUGGCCGACCACGACGGCAGCACGGCCCUGUCCAUCGCGCUGGAGGCCGGGCAGAACGACAUUGCCGUCAUGCUGUACGCCCACAUGAACUUCGCCAAGCCGCCGUCCCCGGGGACCCCAAAGCCGCCGAAAGCCGAGGCCGCAGCAGCCGUCCUGCCCACCGAGGCUCAGUAGCGGAGGAGGGACCUGCCGUGUCCCCUCGGCCCCCACCCCCGGCAGCCCCGAAGACACCGAUCAAGAUGUGGGGGGAGGAAGGGGGUGGGUCUCAAGGGAACCCGUCCACCCCGAGCACUGAGACUCACGCAGGCCCGUCCCUCCUGUGGGCCGAGCCGAGCCACUGGAACCUCUGCCCCAGCCGGAGCCGGGGGCGGCUGCUGCUUGCUGCUGGGCGUUGGGGGCAGCACGGACACGAGACGAAGGAAGCCGGAGACAAGCUUGGCAGCGGAAAUCUGGCAGCUGCGUUUUCUGUGUCUCCACUGGCUUUGGUCCUGCGGGGAAGGAUCCACGACCACGGGGCCUGCCAUGGCCGGGUUGAUAGGCUCCGCUCCAGCAGCAGCUGCAUCGCCCUGGCCUGCCUCCGGCAGACACCGGAUUCCCAUCCGGGGCCAUUCCUACACGUCAUGGAAAGUCACGCGAGCCGGGGGCUCCCCUCCCAUCCCCCCAUCUGGCUGGAGACGGCGGGGGGCUCUUUGCUGCAUUGUGGGUUCUCCGUCCAGCAUCAGGUGACAGACCCAGACUCCUCCUGUGCGUGUGACCUUGGGCAAGUCACAGUGUCGCUCUGUGCCUCAGUUUCCCCUCUGGAUUUUUUCCCCCACUUAAAAAAGCUCUCGCUACUCAGUGUUAUUUCUGUGAUGGAAGCAGCUGGGGCUCUGUUUCUAGACUCGAUUUUAAAGGGAGCAGGUUUUUUAAAAAAACCUUCCUAAAAAUGCCAGGCUGGGAAAUGUGGAUGGAUUAAUUACCCUACCUGGCCAGUAGGGGGCAGCACCUCCUCGCUCUAUGUACCUACCUAGCGCUAUAUCGCUUUUACCUGCAACGACAAAACGGUUUUCGAUACCGACCCCUCCCCAGAGGCGUUUGUGGCCGGGCAGAGGCCUUGGCCCCGAGGUGUGUGGCCAGCGCUUUAAAAAGCAAUUCCGAGCCGAGGAACCAGGCCGGCUUUCCUAGCACGGCUGUAGAGGACUAGACGCCCCGAAAGCCCCGAAGGGAUUUCACCGCCCGGCCGGGGUUGGGGCCUCGGCGGGUGCAGGCGGGUGAAGCGGAGCAGGGCCCGGCUGGCUGCAGCGGUUUAGUUCCCACAGCUACACGCUGCCUUGGUACGAGCCAGGUGGGCUUUUAGGGUGACGUCUUCUUCCCCCCCCCCCGAACACUGGGGGCUCGGGGCAGAGCCGCGGUACAAACCUGUCUCUGUAGCUUCUCUUCGCUGCCUGCGCCCCCCCCUGCCCCCGCCCCCGGCAUGUUUAUCGCCCAGGGGAUCGUUCCCCCCCCCGCACACUGGGCCGUGGCCGGGGCGGGGGGGCGGUGGGGGGGGGGCUGGUUAGUCGCACAUACCAAGUGGUGUAUUCGCUGAUGUCAGUAUUACCUGCAGCCCACGUGUAACCUGCUCACAAUAAAGCUAUUGGGAAACCGAUGCGCUGGGUCGGGGCCGUUAAACGUCAGGGCCGUGACGGCUGGGGCUGGCCCCAGCUCUGCUACUGGCCUGCAGGGUGACCUAGGCUGAGCCACUUUGCCCUC